AUGGCAACAACAAUGAGCAAUUUCGCGAAGAUGUUUCUCGUCUUCGCGAUCUAUUGCGCUCUAGAUCCAUUCAAGCACAGUUCAAUCUCCAAGUUCCCGGACUUCGAGACUUACUACAUUGGCAUGCCUCCGUUAUCGGAGCUCCCCAAGGAGAGAGACCAUGAGAAUCUGCUGCAGAAAUCGGAGAUUAGGUUUCUAAACGAAGUUCAAGGACCGGAGAGUAUUGCUUUCGAUCCUCUUGGUCGUGGUCCGUACACCGGAGUCGCCGACGGUCGUGUUAUCUUUUGGGAUGGUACUCGUUGGACUGAUUUCGCGUAUACUUCCAACAAUCGGUCAGAGCUAUGUGAUACGAAGCCGUCAUUGUUGGCUUACUUGAAGGAUGAGCACAUUUGUGGUCGGCCUUUGGGUCUUCGAUUCCAUAAGAAAACUGGGGAAUUGUACAUUGCGGAUGCGUAUUUUGGGAUAAUGAAAGUUGGUCCUGAAGGAGGUUUGGCUACUUCUCUUACGACCGAGGCAGAUGGUGUGCCUUUGAGAUUUACCAAUGAUCUUGACGUUGAUGAACAAGGAAAUGUUUACUUUACAGAUAGCAGCACUUUUUUCCAACGAAGGAACUUCAUGCAAUUGAUUGUCUCGGGGGAAGACACCGGGAGGGUUUUGAAAUACAAUCCAGAAACAAAGGAGACUACUACUCUCUUGACAAAUCUCCAGUUUCCUAAUGGCUUAUCCCUUGGCAAAGACGAAUCCUUUUUCAUCUUUUGUGAAGGAUCAAUCGGAAGAUUACGGAAAUACUGGUUGAAAGGUGAAAAGGCCGGAACAUCAGAAGUGGUAGCUCUAUUACAUGGGUUCCCAGACAAUAUCCGCACAAACAAAGACGGGGAUUUCUGGGUAGCGAUCCACUGCCACCGCAACAUAUUCACACACGAGAUGGCGCAUCACACGAGCCUAAGAAAGUUCUUUCUGAAGCUGCCAAUAACAGUGAAAUUCCAGUACUUGCUGCAAGUAGGUGGUUGGCCUCAUGGCGUGGCUGUGAAGUACAGCGAAGACGGGAAAGUGUUGAAGGUAUUGGAGGAUAAGCAGGGGAAAGUGGUGAAAGCAGUAAGUGAAAUUGAGGAGAAAGAUGGGAAGCUUUGGAUGGGAAGUGUAUUGAUGUCUUUCAUUGCGGUAUAUGACUUGCCUUAG